AUGUCAUGCCUGAUGAGCUCCAUAAUAAGAAACCGCCUCGAAGGGAAGUUGAUCAUGGACCUUGUGCCGGUCACAAAGCCACCAGCCCGCGCACCCUAUCGCAUGUCACAACCUGAGUUGGCAGAACUAAGGAAAAAGUUGAAAGAGCUGCUGGAUGCGGGCUUGCUUCAGCCAGCUAAGUCACCGUAUGGCGCACCUGUUCUUUUUCAGAAGAAGCAAGAUGGCUCUCUUAGAAUGUGCGUAGACUACCGAGCACUCAAUAAGGUGACCUUUCGGAACAACUAUCCCAUUCCGCUUGUCGCCGACUGUUUUGAUCCGCUUAGCAAGGCAAGAGUGUUUACUAAGUUGGAUCUCCGAUCGGGGUACUGGCAAGUCAGGAUUUCAGAGGGGGAUGAAUCAAAGACGACUUGUGUCACGAGGUAUGGAGCUUAUGAGUUCCUUGUCAUGCCGUUUGGCUUGACCAACGCGCCAGCAACCUUUUGUACGCUAAUGAAUCAGGUAGUCCGAGACUAUCUGGAGAAUUUCGUUGUGGUGUAUCUCGACGAUAUUGUCAUUUACAGCUCUAGUUUUGAAGAGCAUUCAGUGCAUUUGAGAAAGGUGUUUACCAGGUUGCGGGAACACGAACUGUAUGUCGUCGAAAUGCUAUUUUGUUUAAACGAAGAUUAA